AUGGCAAGCAACGAAAUCUCUAAAUCCAAAACAUUGAGCAAUAUUGUUUAUUUUUGUAAGGAAGAUGACUUUUAUGCUAUUUACUAUGCUUCUGGAGAACAAGCACGGCUAUACAUAUUGAAUAGCCACGUUAUCAGAUUUUACAUGUCCCCUAAAGGAAUGUUCAGUGAAUACCCAGAACCUGUGAAUCCUGAAGACACUGCCAAAAUUGUGUUGAAAAAAACUACAGAUUAUGGAAAGAAAGCUUUCAAUGAGUCUAUACUGGACGAUAAUAAUAGCACGUUCAUCGUUAGUACCCAUAAAAUUCAGUUAUUGUUCGAUAAGAACGCUGGCACAAUGACAUUUCGAGAUAAAAGAAACGAUAAAACUGUCCUACGUGAAUUACGUUCAAUAUCAUAUUACCAUUAUAAAUCGACACAGAGAUUACACCAAAAUAAAGACGAAUAUUUCUAUGGUGGUGGUAUGCAAAACGGAAGAUUCUCACAUAAAGGAGAAACUAUUAAUAUCGUCAACACAAAUAACUGGGUUAGCGGGGGUGUUACUUCUCCAAACCCUUUUUACUGGUCGUCAUAUGGCUACGGAGUAUUGAGAAAUACGUGGCAGCCUGGAAUAUAUGACUUUGGUGACAAAUCGCCGCACUUAGUACAAACAAUUCACAGAGGUGAAGAUUUCGAUGCUUUCUUUUUUAUAAAUUCCCAACCAAAAGAUAUACUGAAAGAUUAUUAUGAACUAACGGGACGCCCUAUUCUUAUGCCGGAGUACGCGUUCUAUGAAGCACAUUUAAAUGCUUUCAAUAGAGAUUAUUGGGUUGAAGUACCUGCAGAUACCCCUCGAGCAGUACUGUUUGAAGAUGGAAAAUAUUACAAAAGUUAUCAGCCUGACCAAAUAGGUGAUAAGAACGGAAUAUUAGAAUCAUUAAAUGGAGAAAAAAAUAACUACCAGUUCUCUGCACGAGGAAUGAUUGACAGAUACAAGAAACAUGACAUGCCUUUAGGCUGGUUCGUCCCUAAUGACGGUUACGGCUGUGGAUAUGGCCAAACAGAUUCUUUAGAUGGCGAUAUACAAAAUUUAAAAGAAUUUGCUGACUACUCCAGGUUAAACGGAGUGGAAGUAGCACUAUGGACUGAAUCUAAUUUACAUCCUGCUGAUCCUGACCAUCCUAAAAAAGGAGAAAGAGACUUGGGCAAAGAAGUUGGUAUAGCUGGAGUAGUAGCACUUAAAUGUGAUGUAGCUUGGAUAGGAAGUGGGUAUUCGUUUGGUUUAUCUGCGGUAGAAGACGCUACUAAAAUAUUUCUAAAUAAAACAAAGCAAAAUGCACGACCAAUGAUAAUAAUGGUAGAUGGUUGGGCUGGUACCCAGCGGUAUUCUGGCAUAUGGAGUGGAGAUCAAGCAGGAGGGAAGUGGGAAUAUAUUCGUUUCCACAUACCAACUUACAUCGGAUCUGGCCUUUCUGGACAACCGAUCAUCAGCUCUGAUAUGGAUGGCAUUUAUGCAGGUGGAGUAAAAACUGUGAAUAUACGGGAUUAUCAAUGGAAAACAUUUACACCUCUGCAGUUGAACAUGGAUGGAUGGGGUGACAAAACAAAAACCCCUUUCGCAUACGACGAUGAAGCAACAAAUAUCAACAGAGCUUACUUAAAAUUGAAGUCAAUGCUUAUGCCCUAUAAUUAUACAAUUGGCCGCGAAUCAAUUGAUGGAUUACCGAUGCUCAGAGCGAUGUUUCUUGAAUUUCCAAACGACGUUCUAGCUUACACUACUAUUGUUCAAUAUCAGUUUAUGUGGGGUCCAAAUAUUUUGGUCGCCCCUAUAUAUAACGGAGAAACAUUAAAUGGUACUACCAUUCGAAAUGAAAUCUAUCUACCAGAUAAAAAUUCAAUAUGGAUAGAUUUUUUCACUGGCGAAAAGUACAGGGGUGGUAUUAUUUUGAAUAGCUUCAUGUGCCCAUUAUGGAAAAUACCAGUAUUUAUAAAAAGUGGAGCCAUUAUUCCUAUGACUAAUCCAAAUAACAACCCUUACCAAAUAGAACGAGACAAUAGAAUAUUUACCUUGUAUCCUGAUGGAAAAUCUAGUUUUGAAGUGUACGAAGAUGACGGUCUAACCUUAGAUUACGUCCAAGACAUUUCUAGCAGCUGUCUCAUUACCAUGGAAGGUCCAAAAUUAAAUGAAAAAAGCACAUUGUAUAUCAACGUUGAAAAAUCUCGUGGCUUGUAUAAAGGAAUGGUGAAACAAAGAAAAACGUUAUUUCAAAUAAAAUGUUCAGACAAACCGGAAAGAAUAAAAGCAGCCAUUAAUGGUGAUCAUGUAAAAAUGGUUCAUGCUGAAACCGAAAAACAAUUUGAAGAAAAUGAUAACGUAUACAUAUUCAAAGAAAACUUUGUUAUUAAUCCAUACCUUUUUUCAUUGGCAGGUGAAAAAAUAUAUCAAACCUUCAUUUUGAUUAAAAUUGCGAGUGUCGAUGUCACUUGUAGUGAAAUUCAUAUAAAAAUCAAGGGUUAUACAAAUUCGAGCAAAGUUUUUGGUGCGACGAAUGAAAACGAUAAAUUACACAAACCGCUGGAUUUUAAUGCUCCUGAGAAUGAUAUAACUCCGACGUCCAUAACUUUGAACUGGGAACCAAUAUCAGAAGCUGACUACUAUGACAUAGAUAAAGAUGGUACUUUAUAUAGUAACGUCAAAGGAAAUACGUUUACUUUCCACGGGCUUAAGUAUAAAUCUAAACAUUUAUUUAGAAUUCGAUCUAGUACAGACAUUGAAGUUUCUGAAUGGAGUGAAAUAGUCGAAGCUACAACAAAAGGUGACCCUUACAACGACGUUAUAAAAGGUGUAAAGGUGUCAUGUAAUAUUCCAUGCAUGCCUAGUCAAGAAGUUCAUAAACUGACUGAUGGAGAUUUAAGUUGUAUGUGGCACACAGAUUGGGGUGAGGAGGGCAAAGCCGAUCCAGAAGCAGGAAAAUUCUUGACUCUCGUAUUUGAUUUAGGAGAAGCACGUGAAAUCUAUAAACUCGAUUAUGUUCCCCGUGAAGAUGCUGGAAACGGGACAUUCCUGGAACUUCAAUACCGUUUCUCGCUUGAUUGUGAAAAAUGGAGCGAUUAUUCAAACACGGUUAUAUUUCCCUAUGAUAAAACUGUUAAAAGUAUUACAUUAGAUCGCACAUUUAGAUAUAUGGAAUUGAAAGUUUUGAAGACAGUUGGCUGUUUUGGCUCUGGAAAGCAGAUACUAUUUUAUACAAAAAGUAAGUAA